AUGCGUUCCCGCUCUCCAUCCCCCUCCGCUCAUUUGACCGCGGAGCCUUCACUGUCUGAAGAUCGGGCUGCGCUUGGAUUGUCCCCGAUGUCCUAUGUCCAAGCCGUUGUGUCCCGUGAGCGUGGAAUGUCCGACAACUCAGCUUUCCAGAACAGCGGAUCCCCGCGCCAGAUAGAUAGCCAACCCUCCGGAGCACCGUCAUUAGGUACGCAAGACCUCUCUCAGCGGAAUGGACUCACAUCGUCUCCUCUGCUGCGCGGAGCCCAUACCCACCGCUGGGACUCAAGGUCAAACAGGGCAAAUGGCUCUCAGGGAAGUGGCCCAAGGAGCAGUCCCAGUAAUAAAAGCCGCCCAGGAGCUUCUGAACGCAUCAGGCGGCUCCAAACCCUCGUCGUCCUCUGCCACACCAUCUCCAUGCCCAUCUUCCUAACCGCCUUCUUCUUCUCCUGCGCCAUCCCGCUCUUCUGGCCUCUCCUCCUCCCCUACCUGGUCUAUAUUUCUCUGUUCUCCGAUACCGCAACCUCUGGCACUCUGAGCCGCCGUAGCUCCUUUCUCCGCUCACUCCGCAUCUGGAAUUACUUUGCGUCCUACUUCCCCGCGCGUCUCCACCGCUCUGUUCCCCUUCCCGCUACCCGCAAAUACAUUUUCGGCUACCACCCCCACGGCAUCAUCUCGCACGGCGCUUUCGCCGCUUUCGGGACCGAAGCGCUGGGCUUCUCCACCCUCUUUCCAGGAAUCACCAACACCCUCCUCACCCUUGAUUCCAACUUCCGCCUCCCCUUCUACCGUGACUACGCCCUCGCCAUGGGCCUGGGCAGCGUCUCGCGUGAGUCCUGCGAAAACCUCCUCUCAAAAGGUGGCCUCGACAAUGCUGGCAUGGGACGCGCUAUCACCAUCGUCGUCGGAGGGGCUAGCGAGUCGCUCGACGCACAACCCCAUGCCAUCCGCCUCGUCCUCAAACGCCGCAAGGGAUUCAUCAAGCUCGCCAUCCGCACGGGGGCAGAUCUCGUCCCCGUGCUCGCCUUCGGCGAAAACGAACUCUACGAACAGGUCUCCUCCGAUCAACACCCACUCAUCCGUAGGGUUCAGCUUCUCAUUAAACGAACGAUGGGCUUCACCGUGCCCCUGUUUCAUGCCCGUGGCGUCUUCAAUUAUGAUGUUGGCCUGAUGCCCUAUCGUCGUCCAUUGAAUAUUGUCGUGGGUAGACCGAUCCAGGUUGUGCAACAGCAUGAUCGGGCGAAGAUUGAGGAGACGUAUGUUGAUGAGCUGCAUGCAAGGUAUGUGCGUGAACUCCAGCGAUUGUGGGAGGAGUAUCGUGGUUUAUUUGCUACAGAGAGGACGUCGGAGUUGGAAAUUGUUUCGUAG